AUGAGCAGUUGUUACGAUCUGACAGCGAGAGGUCUGGUUAUCCGCCUUGACCCAUUGCUCAAUGAGGAGCCUUUGGUUGGAGGCGUGGGAGUCUUGACAUGUCGAAGCUUCGGGAAGGCGGUGUCGUGUUUGCAUGUGGUCACUUGCUCGGCUCACCUCGGGAAGCUUGUGAGGGAGCUCGCGGAAAUUCGUAGUUUGAGGUUGGCGCGCGUGUGGAGUUUGCCAGGCAUUGUGGCCUACUUCAUCGAUCCGCCAGUCGUGGACUUCCGCAUGACGCCCGGAAUUGCACAGGUGGCAGAGCUGGGUCCUUUGAACAAGGUUAUCCGAGAUCUCCUCCAGUCCGCCAUCCACGACCAGCUCCUGCUCCCGAAUGUCAUCCACGUCCCCAUGGUUGACGAUGAGGACUUGGUGGACACGGCCAGCGUAAGAGAUGCGAAGCCGCUGGGAGUGCUGCGAGUAACUGCCCCUCGGCCCUCGGAUGUCAGUCUUUGCUUCUGUGCUACGACUCUGCGAGAUCCUGCUGUCUCGGCCCUUUAG